AAAAUUUUGUCCAAAAGCAGACAAGAGGAUCGCCCCGCGCUGAGCCGGUUGGUGGGCAGCAGGAGGCGCCUGAUUGCCGCCGGGGCCCUGGGGGUGGUGAUGGUCCUGCUGCUGGUCAUCCUCAUCCCGGUGCUGGUGAGCUCGGCGGGGACGUCGGCGCACUACGAGAUGCUGGGCACCUGCCGCAUGGUCUGCGACCCCUACGGGGGCACCAAAGCUCCCAGCACGGCAGCGACCCCCGACCGGGGCCUCAUGCAAUCGCUGCCCACCUUCAUUCAGGGCCCCAAAGGCGAAGCCGGCCGGCCGGGCAAAGCCGGGGCCCGCGGACCUCCCGGAGAGCCCGGGCCGCCGGGUCCCGUGGGGCCGCCCGGAGAGAAGGGGGAGCCGGGCCGUCAGGGCCUGCCGGGGCCCCCCGGGGCUCCGGGGCUCAACGCGGCCGGGGCCAUCAGCGCCGCCACCUACAGCACCGUACCCAAAAUCGCCUUCUACGCGGGCCUUAAGCGCCAACACGAAGGUUACGAGGUCCUCAAGUUCGACGACGUAGUCACCAAUCUGGGCAACCACUACGACCCGACCACGGGCAAGUUUACCUGUUCCAUCCCAGGCAUCUACUUCUUCACCUACCACGUCCUGAUGCGCGGGGGGGAUGGCACCAGCAUGUGGGCUGAUCUCUGCAAAAACAACCAGGUCCGGGCCAGCGCGAUUGCUCAGGAUGCUGAUCAGAAUUACGACUAUGCCAGUAACAGUGUGGUUCUUCAUUUGGAGCCAGGAGAUGAAGUCUACAUAAAAUUAGAUGGAGGAAAAGCACAUGGAGGAAACAACAACAAAUACAGCACAUUUUCUGGAUUUAUUAUUUAUGCGGACUGAUCAUUCAGGAACUAAUUAUUUCUUCUGAAUCUGAGCACUGGAUCCAUAACAGCUCAUGCCUGUGAAUCAAGAAUCCCAGUGGAUACCAACAGUGGGGCACAUCAAUAGUGUGUGUGUGUUGGGGGGAGGGGGGAAAUCAAAUGCUACCUGACUCACAUCUGUACAACUCAGAAAAAAACCUUAUGUUAAAGAAAAAUUAAAAGCAAGAUACACAGAUGUGUGAUCCACUACCGCCACCAAAGCAAAUAUUCCUUAAUGUUAGUGUCCAUGUGAAUGAAGUCCUAUAGAGAUCAUGACUUUUUAUAGAAAAAUCUACUACACUGAAUUAUUUCUUCAAUAUAUAUGAUACUUUGGUGUAUUAUGAUAUUGCUGCUUUUAUCCAUAUGUCAGCUUUGGUUCUUGUGAGUUUACCUGCUAAUUAUGAUACCUGGAGGCCACUUAUAGUGUGGUGAGGGAUGAUUUUAUGCUAAAAAGAAAGGUUUGAGGGAAAUCAUACUAUUUCUUUCCAAAGAAAUUGUUUGCCUUGUAUUUUUGUUACUUUUACACCUAAACUUAGGAAUGAUUCAGCUUUAAGCCUUAACCUGGAAUGUUCUAGAUUUUGAGGGAAGUAAUUCUCAAGCCUUGUAUUAUUGCCACAUAAUUUAAUUUUUGUUAAUUUGGUUUUCCCCUCCCUGUAAUGAUGAUUUUUAGAAACAGAUCUAGAAUGUGACACUGAAUUGUCCUGUACAUGUGCUGAGAAAUUUGUGUAAGUAUCUACAGUGUUUAGAUAGCUUCAUAAUUGUUCAUCUUGUCGAUAUAAACAUUGAGUCAAUAUAAAAAAAAUUCUACACUUCCUUCAAAAGGCAAAAGCAUUUCUUCUUCAGGAUAAAUCCAGAUUGCCGUCCUCUUCCCCAUCCACACCCCUCAUGCCCUGGGAUGGAACAAAAGAUUGUUGAUGUUUAUUUUGGGCCACUGCAUGAAUUACCAAGGGGACAGUCUGUAAUGCCUUCAAACUUUUACUACAAGUUUGUAGCCUGAGGUUAUUUCAAAAUUAACAGAUAGACAUAUUAUCAAUACAACAAGAUGUAUAUAUUUUAUACACAAUAUAUAUUAUAUAUAAUAUGUACAUUAUAUAUAAUGUAUAUAUAUAUAUUAUAUGUGGCUUAGGCACAGUGGAUAUAGAGUUUAGAGAUCUACAUUUUUUAAAAAGUAUACUAAAUAUGGUAUGUGAACUAUUUUGAAUGUCAAAAAUCUAUGGAGUACCAAAACAACAGUUCUUAGUGAAAACAGCUCCUGUUAAGAAUUUAAAAAGAGAAUAUUAUUUUGCAUAGGUUAAAGAUGGCCCAGAGCACGUUUUCCUUCCUAUUGGACCACUCCUCUCAUAUUCAAACCAAGAGUUUAUUCUGGAGUCGGUGGCAGACUAUUAACAUUAGGCUUGCAGUAACAAAGUGGCUUCUCUUUCAAUGUCGAUGUAUUACAUGUAUUUGAACCAUCAAUUUGUUCUUGUUUCAGAGGUGGACUGAAACUGACACUAAUGUAGAUUUUGAGCGCAGUAAGAGGCCAAAAUCCAGCCUUUCUGGUUAACACGUACCACCGAGAGCCAUCUCUUUAAUCUGCCAAGUGAAAGAUAUAAAGUACGCGUUGUCAUACACUGAACUGUCAAACAACUUCCCCCAUAAUGAUGAAAAAUCUAUUCCUUGCUAUUUGCCUUUGAAGAUCCUCUGACAAAUAGCUUUUAGAAACAGAAAUUUAAAAAUAUUUAACCCACUUGUUUCACUGCUGAAAUAACUGUACAUGUCCGUUCUGCUUUUCUUUUUUUUUUUUUUUCAAGAAACAGUUUGUCUCUUUGACUUGUCUCUUUUGGGACAGUUCCGUUCUGAGUCUAUGGAUCAUUGUCGUAGCUCCGCUAUGCUUAUUUUCAGUAAAUGUCUAAGGUAGCCUAACCAAGAUCUCAAAAAAGCAGUAUUGUUGUUCAUCAAUAUAUUUAUUUAUAGUUCCUGUUUUCCCCCAGUGACAUGCCCCAAUCUGAUCAAAUACCAUGCUUUACCAGAUGAAAAAGCCUGAAGAUACUCACCAAGUGUGAUGAUUAAUCUUCUUAGGUCUUUCUAAUGCUAAGCUAUUUCAUUAAAAAAAAAAUUAAAAUGGACUUCCCUUCCACUUAACAGACUUUUAUAAUUGUGGACAUGUAUGUUUACUGCAGAGGAAACUGGAAGCAAAGUUUGGGGAAGCGCUGUGUGUAUCAACUAGAAAAGUAAGCAUUCAAACAAAAGAUUUAUUUUAGGAGCAGGGUACACCAAGGAGUUAAUAAAAGGACUUCAUUCCACAGGGGGAAAAACCAACAACCCAGAGCUGGGUACCAAGCUCUAAAAAUCAAGACUGUCAUUUCUAAUAGAUAUGACCUUUUCUUCAGAUAAAUAACCGUUGCUUACCCCCCAUUUAGGCCCAGAGAAAAAUAUUCAAAUAAAAAGUACACAAAAGAAAUGGGAAAACGUAUAAGGCAAACAUUUCUUUUAUUUAUCUAUCUAUUUAUUUAUUUAUUUAUUUUGCAUCAUAUCUUACAAACCAAUUAAAUUGUAGCCUUUGUUAUACAUGUAAUGAUGAUAAUUCAUUAAACUAUAUUAUGUAAUAUA